ACGUGCCGGUGUUUAGUUUGAAGGGAAACCAGAUUGAGACUCUUUCUCUGUCAACAUCCGUCAAAAUAAACUCAUAAACGAGUUUUAUUAAUUGAAAGAGGGUCAAAUGAAAUUGUAUGUAAGUGAGGGGAAUCCGCACUGUAUUAAAGUGCUGGCGGUGCUGGAACUUACUGAAGUAAAAUGUGACGUAGAAGUGGUGAAUCACGAGGAGAGGGUGGUACCGUUCUUAACUCGCCCUGUUGUACCUGUCCUGCUGUUACCCGGCGGUCAGCACCUCUUCAGCCCCAACACCAUCUGCAAAUAUUUGUUUGACAUCAGCGGUCAGGUGGCCACGAACGCCAGUAACCAGUGGCUGGAAUGGGAGGCAACAGAUUUACAGCCUGCAGUGUUACAGGCUCUCCACAUGAUGGCACUGCAGGAGAAGAGUGCUGAUGCAGCCUCAGUGAUGACGGGACCCCUGAACUGUCUGGAGCAGGGCCUGAGCAAACGGAGCAUACCAUUCCUAACUACUGAUAUAAUAACGGUUGAAGAUAUCGUCCUGUGGGCGGCGCUCUACCCUAUUUUGGCUGACUCACGUUUCGAAGCUGAUAACUUGCAGUUUGUACACAGCUGGUUUGAGCGUGUCGGCGAUCUCUCAGCGUGUCAAACGGCCGCUUGGAGAGUUCUGCAGGGAAAGGGAAUCGAUGCACUGAAGACCUUUCUGCAGAAACAACCGGCACCACAAACGCAGAGAAGAGACGCCCCGACCAGCAGCUACACCACAGAGGCAGAAGACACAGAUCAUGUGAUGACAGAGGACGAGAUGGAAGAAGCUGCUCAGAUCUGGAGUGAAGGACUGAAGGAUUCAGCUUCAGUCGCACAGAGAAAACACCCAAUUCUCCCACAAGAAGGAAAGAGAAACGUACUGAUCACGAGCGCUCUGCCGUACGUCAACAACGUACCGCAUCUCGGCAACAUCAUCGGCUGCGUCCUCAGUGCCGACAUUUUCGCCAGAUAUGGCCGUUUGCGAGGCUGGAAUCUGUUGUUCAUCUGCGGCACGGAUGAGUACGGAACAGCGACGGAGAAUAAAGCUCGCGAGGAGGGCCUGACGCCGCAAGAGAUCUGUGACAAAUAUCACGCUAUCCACGCCGACAUAUACCAGUGGUUCCAGAUCGACUUUGAUUACUUUGGUCGAACCACCACACAACGCCAGACAGACAUCGCUCAGGAUAUCUUCUGGCGCCUGCAUGAGCGGGGUUUUCUUUUGGAGGAUACAGUAGAGCAGCUCCGCUGUGAAAGCUGUCAGCGUUUCCUGGCCGAUCGCUUCGUGGAGGGCACGUGCCCUCACUGUCAUUACCCAGAGGCCCGCGGGGACCAGUGUGACAAAUGUGGCCGUCUCAUCAACGCAGUGGAGCUCAGGAAUCCACAAUGCAAGGUGUGCAAGGAGACGCCGGUGGUCCGUUCCUCUAAACAUCUGUUUCUGGACCUGCCAAAGUUGGAGGGUGAGUUAGAGCAGUGGCUGGAGCAGUCAAUACGUUCUGGUGACUGGACGGCAAACGCACGUCACAUCGCACGCUCGUGGAUCCGAGACGGCCUGAAACCGCGAUGCAUCACACGUGACCUGCGGUGGGGGACGCCUGUACCGCACCAGGAUUUUAAAGACAAAGUGUUCUACGUGUGGUUCGACGCUCCUAUUGGCUACCUCUCCAUCACCGCAAACUAUACUGACCAAUGGGAGAAAUGGUGGAAGAACCCUCAACAGGUGGAGCUGUACAACUUCAUGGCGAAGGACAACGUUCCGUUCCACAGUGUCGUUUUCCCAUGUUCACUUCUCGGCGCUCAGGACAACUACACGCUUGUCAAUAACCUCAUCGCUACAGAAUACCUGAAUUACGAGGACACAAAGUUCUCUAAGAGUCGCGGCGUCGGUGUGUUCGGUGACAUGGCUAAAGACACGGGCAUCCCGUCCGAUGUUUGGCGCUUUUAUCUGCUGUAUCUGCGGCCGGAGGGUCAGGACGCCGCGUUCUCCUGGGCCGAUAUGGCCCUCAAGAACAACUCUGAACUCCUCAACAACCUGGGAAACUUCAUCAACAGGGCCGGGAUGUUUGUGUGUCGGUUCUUUGAAGGUUGUGUUCCCGAGAUGCUUCUGAACGAAGAUGACAAACGGCUCAUCGCUCAGGUGUGCUGGGAACUCAAACAGUACAUACAGCUGCUGGAUAAAGUCAGGAUCCGUGACGCUCUAAAGUGCAUCCUGAACAUCUCUCGCCAUGGAAACCAGUACAUUCAGGUUAACGAACCCUGGAAGAAGAUCAAAGGAGGCGACAGUGACAGGCACCGAGCGGGCACAGUGACUGGCGUGUCGGUUAACGUGGCGUGUCUCCUGUCGGCCGUUUUGGAGCCGUAUAUGCCCACAGUCAGCCACACCAUCCGUACUCAACUACAGGCUCCGCCCUCCUGCGCCAGCGCCAUGCUGCAGGGGACGGGCACCUUCAUCUGCACACUCCCAGCCGGGCACCGCAUUGGCACGGUCAGUCCUUUGUUCCAAAAAUUGGAGACAGAACAAAUCGAGGCCCUGAGAACAAAAUUUGGAGGACAACAGCCUGAAGAGGAGGAUGGUAAAGAAAAGACUCCGAGUUGUAGCAGCAGCGCGGUCGAGACCGAACCCAGCGCAGCCGCUGAGCAGAUCACAUCAGUUAAUGCAGAUCCUGAGAAAGCCAAACAGCUCACCGCGCUAGUGGCACAACAAGGUGAGAAAUUACGCGCUCUCAAAGCACAGAAAGCCGAGAAGUCUGUAAUCGGGGAGGAAGUCACUAAAUUACUGGAGCUAAAAAAACAGCUGGCGCUCGCAGAGGGCAAAGCCCCCGAACCGUCCAAUCAGAAGGGCAAAAAGAAAUGAGACGAGAGAGUGAAAGUGACACAACUCCAUCAUUUGAGGUAGAACGUGCAGGAAUAUUUACAGACUGGAUCCUGAACUAUAUAACCACCGUAUGGAAAUACAGAAACUGUCCUUUAUUAUAGAAAUGCAAUAGAAUCUACAGCAUGUAUCACCCAUUUUAUGACGAUGUAUUCAUGCAAUAAAUGCACACAAAUGCCAAAAGAGAAUCCAGACUCACUUCAGUUCAUUUCAACAUUUUAAUAACAAAAUGUGUGUAAUACAAUUCCAUAUUAAGGAAGUCUAAAUGGAUAAUUUCAUGUAAUUCAGCAUGCAUGUUUAUUUAACAUGAGUAAAGUAAAUAUAAGAUAAAUGAUCACAUGAUCUCAUGUGUAAUGCACAUAUAGAAAAAUAGGCAGAGUGCGCUAUAAACCGCUAAUGCUACAAAUUCUGAAAAAAGUAUCAAGAGAAAUAAGUGAGAGCAAAAUCGCUAGUAACAUCCAUUCAUAUGUUUCCUUUAACCACACACACACACACACACACACACACACACACACACACGGAGGCCUCGGUUGAUCGUGAGCGACAGAGAGAAACGGCUCACACAAUCAUUCUCAAUAACCUGAGCUAUUAAUCUCGGUCAACUAGGAGUGUUAAACAUUUAAAGCCCUUGAACUAACAGAUGGGUUACAAUGAAAUGCACUUCUACAAUCAUCCUUACAAAUACGAUCACAUUCUUCUGCGUAAACCUCGAGUUGGAGUUCGAUUCAUACACUGUUUAUCUGUGUGUAAAUGACAAACAAUCCCGUUUAAAUAACAAGUUCAUUCACGUUUCCUCUCGGUGGUUAAAUAAAGAUGGUGCUUAAACGGGCUUGACAGCGGCUUUCAUUCACAAUAUUACCAGAGGAAUCUCAUGAAACAUUUCUGAGCCACAUUUCACCCCAAAAUCAUCAGAAAGAAAUCAGAAAUUACCCCAAAUUCUCAUUAAAAUGCAAUACCUUAAUAUGAAAACUAUAUAUAUAUAUAUAUAUCUAUAUAUAUAUAAAAUUGUGACAUUUUCAUCAUGGGAGAAUUUGUUGUAAUAGUAAAUAUCUGCAAAAUAAAUAAAUACAUAAAGCGAUUGCAUGGUAACUGUAUUGUUUAAUCAGAUUUUGGAGGAUUGAUAUUUACUCAUUUUUCCUGCUAAAUUGCGUCCUGCAAAUAUUUUCUUUAAUUUCCCCAUAAUAGUUAUUGUACUGCCUUGAUGCCUGUUUUAAAAAAAAUAAUAAUAAUAAUACAAAAAAAAUAAUUAAAAAUAAAAUAAAAUAUAUAUAUAUACAUACAUAUUCCAUUUAAAAAUAAUAAUACAAAUUUUAAAUACAAAUACAAAUAAUACAAAAUAAUAAAUAUAUAUAUAUAUAUU